UGAGGCAUCGGCGGCGCUUGCUAAGGAUACAGCGUCACGCAGCCACAUUGCUUUGUAGCAUUUCCACGUUAUAUACUCUACAUUUUGCCGUAAAUCAAGGUAUAAUAAUCCUGCGGUGAAAGAACUGCAUCAGUUGCGAUUUGAGCACAGCACACUAAACCAAAGCGAUGACAGGCUCAAACGAGUACAAGCUAAACCAGGGACCAGAGGACAGCAUCUCUGCUGUCAAGUUCAGCCCCAGUGCAACACAGUUCCUCCUGGUUUCCUCCUGGGAUGGAACUGUGCGCCUAUUCGAUGUGGGAAGCAACACCAUGCGGAUGAAGUACCAGCACUCGGCUCCAGUUCUUGACUGUGCCUUUUAUGACCCAACUCAUUCUUGGAGUGGAGGUUUGGAUGCACAAUUAAAAACUCAUGAUCUGAACACAGACCAAGAUACAAUCGUUGGAACACACGACGCCCCCAUUCGUUGUGUGGAAUACUGUCCAGAGGUUAACGUCAUGGUAACGGGUAGCUGGGACAGAUCAGUUCGGCUGUGGGACCCGAGGACGCCCUGCAACGCUGGCACCUUCACUCAGCCUGAAAAGGUGUAUACCCUGUCUGUAGCUGGAGACAGGCUGAUCGUUGGCACAGCUGGAAGACGAGUCCUUGUGUGGGAUUUGAGGAACAUGGGCUAUGUACAGCAAAGGAGAGAGUCCAGUCUCAAGUAUCAGACUCGCUGCAUCAGAGCCUUCCCCAACAAACAGGGCUACGUUUUGAGUUCAAUCGAGGGACGUGUAGCUGUGGAGUACCUGGACCCAAGCCAGGAGUUUCAGAAGAAGAAGUAUGCCUUCAAAUGCCACAGACUGAAGGAGGAGGGAAUCGAGCAUGUUUACCCUGUCAAUGCCAUUUCCUUUCACAGUAUUCAUAACACCUUUGCCACAGGUGGCUCAGACGGCUUUGUGAACAUCUGGGACCCAUUCAACAAGAAGCGCCUGUGUCAGUUCCACAGGUACCCGACCAGCAUCGCCUCGCUGGCGUUCAACAACGACGGCACCAUGCUCGCCAUCGCGUCCUCCUACAUGCACGAGAGAGGAGACAUCAACCACCCGGAGGACACCAUCUUCAUCCGCCAAGUCACAGACGCAGAGACGAAACCCAAGUGAGUCUCCCUCACCUGUCGUGUCCUCACUGUGGCAGUCUGCUACUCAGCGAAUCUUGUAUGCAGCUGCGUUUACAAGGAGGCACGUCCAGCUGCACAGUUUGCCGAUCUGUAUCUCUGUCCGUCCACUUUUCAAUAUCCGACAGUUGAAAGAUAGACAGAUGAGAACUUGAAAAUCCUCCCCCCAGUGUGUGUGUGUAUGCUGCUGUAAAUAUACACCCCAGACAGAUAGAACCCUGCUGUACCGCUACAAUAGCCCUGUAUAAAUACUACCUUUGUGAAACUAAAUCAAUGUUUGACUAGGAACUUUUAUAAAACCUUUUUUGAAAUAUAUUGUUUGUAUGUAUUGGACUCGGACAGUAACACAUUGUUGGUUAAAUGUUUUUCCCUAUGAAGAAAUCUGGCAAUAUAUUGAUUCGUUUUCAUGAAGGUUUUGUGCAGACCAAGGUUUGAUUUUGUUGUAAUGUUGGUACAAAAUGCUCCACAUCAGCGACAAUGUAAUAAAUGACUUUCUCACUGUUCAUUCAAAAUAAGGAUGCACCAAGAACCCGACCUAUACCAGUGUAUAAUAAUAUAUCUGCUAACAGGAAUUCAAACUGAAAUUUGUAUGUAUUUACUAUAUAAACAUCAACUUGAAUUUCACCCAUAGAAUAAAAGCCUUUAUCACAUUUGGGUUAUCUGCUGGCAUCCAGUGUACCAUUACCAUAUUUAUCAUUGUCAUUUAUUCCAAUUCCCUCUUUGACUUCCUGUUUGUUCUAACUCUUCUCUUUUGGGGGACUUGUUGAAUAUGUCUUUGUUUCAUGUAUCUUUUGUAAACCAACUUUUGUUUUCUUUACUAAAGCUGAUUUUUAUAUAAUCCUA